AUGAACUCCCAUCCGGACGAUAUCUCGCAUAGGGAUCGCGAGUCGGCUGAGCGCCACCACCGAGAUCAGUUCCCGACUGGCACGCCGCACCACAGCAACACCGCAUCUCUGCAGAUCCAUCAGCCCGUCGCCUCGCGCCUUCCCGGUGCUAUCAGCCCUGGAGGUCUCCUGAUGAACCACGGCGGCUCGGGUCCUCCCAUGCCCCUUGGCGCCCCCUCGGGACCCGUCAACGCAUUCGGAGGGCCUCUGCCAAACGACUCCAACCGUCCACCCCAACACAGCGCCCAGAAUGCGUCCCAGAUGCUUGGGGCCCUGGCUGGCGGUCCCAACCCUGCGCCAUCGGUGCCAGCAGGAGGACUAGGCCCUAUCUUCGGGGGCCCGCUGCAACAAGAUGGCCCUCGCCCUACCCAGGGCAUGCCCUUUGGCGGCGGUAGUGGAGGUGCAGGUGGAGGAGGUGGUGGUGGGAUGCCUGGCGGAGGCCACCCUAUGCCUGGAGCAGCAAGUGGUGGUGGUGGUAGUGGCAGCAGCGGUGCCCUACCACAAGGCCAGCAACCUAUACUCAACCGAAGUGUACCUUGCCUCGAGCUUCCCUCUUCAGCCGCUGUUGCGCCUACUGACAUAAUGUCUUCCCAGGACGCUCUCAGCUACCUGGACCAGGUCAAGGUGCAAUUUUCUGAGCAGCCCGACGUCUAUAACAAGUUCUUGGAUAUUAUGAAAGACUUCAAGAGCCAAACAAUCGACACGCCUGGUGUCAUCAACCGUGUAUCGGAGCUCUUUGCCGGAAACCCCAGCCUCAUCCAGGGGUUCAACACCUUUCUUCCUCCUGGGUAUAGGAUCGAAUGUGGUGGAGGUGACCCCAAUACUAUCAGGGUCACGACACCCAUGGGCACAACUGUGCAGUCCAUAACGGGCAGUAGGAACCAGGGCGAAGCGGCGCACGGCCAGCCUGCAUUGAACGGGCCUUUCUUUAACCACCGGUCGAGUACGAGUAACUGGCAACCGGCGCAGCCGCACAACAGCAUAGAGAGCCCUGAGGCCGCUUUCAGCGUGCCUGCCAUGAAUGGCGCCAAUCUCUUUGGGGCCGGACAGGGCUCCACUGCGUCUGUUGUUGCUGCUGCUGCCGCCUUGGACGGCCCGGCUGGCGGUGGCCAACAGCCGCAGCAGCAGCAGCAGCAGCAGCAGCAGCAGCGCGGCAAUUCACAUGCUCCAAAUGCUGCGACUACACCAAACCCUCCCACGACACGCAACGCAAUAACGCCCACGCCAGGUAUCGCCGCGCAGGGCAGUGCCAAUGGAAGUGGCAACCAGCAAGCAAACAUGGAGAAGCGAGGCCCGGUCGAGUUCAACCAUGCGAUUAGCUACGUCAACAAAAUCAAGAACCGAUUCCAGGAUAAACCCGAAAUCUACAAGCAAUUCCUGGAAAUCCUCCAAACCUACCAGCGCGAGCAAAAACCUAUUCAUGACGUAUAUGCACAAGUCACCGGCCUCUUCAACACCGCCCCAGACCUUCUCGAAGACUUCAAGCAAUUCCUCCCCGAAUCGGCCGCCUCGAACAAGAACGGCCCGCGUUCUGAGGACGUCCUCGCUAUGACCAGCCUCGCCCAAGCGACGCCGCAGCCCGCCCACACCGCGAAGGACGGCCAGCGGCUCCCCCCGGUGGGCAAUUUCGCACCCCCCGCCAGCGCCAGCAAAGAUAGCAAGAAGCGCCCUCGUAACGAGAAACAACCACCGCCGUCCGCUCUGACCAUGUCCGACAGCCCUGCUCUAGGGUCGCGCGCGAUGCCCGGUGUCGGACCUAUGAGCAAGCGACCGAAAGUCAACCACAAGCCACUCGCUACCGACGCCCUCUCCAUCGAGCCGACCCUCACCCCCGUCCUUCCCGAGCCGAUGGCGCCUACAUCGUCAGCGAAUGCAACUAGCGAGGAGAUGGCCUUCUUCGAGAAGGUCAAGAAGUACAUUGGCAACAGAUCUACCAUGAACGAGUUCCUGAAGCUGUGCAACAUGUACUCGCAGUGCCUGAUCGAUACAAAUGACUUGGUCCACAAGGCCAGCCAGUUCAUAGGCGGAAAUCCCGAGCUCAUGGAAUACUUCACCAAGUUUGUCCAAUUCGAGGGCGCGGACGAGGUCAUUGAGAAUCGACCCCGACCACCGGUCGAGAAAGUAUCGCUCAGCAACUGUCGUGGAAGCGGCCCCAGCUACCGGCUUUUGCCCAGACGUGAAGAGCUCAAGCCCUGCGGUGGCCGAGACGAGAUGUGCAACGCGGUACUGAACGACCAAUGGGCGUCCCAUCCCACAUGGGCCUCCGAAGAUUCCGGAUUCGUUGCCCACCGCAAGAAUGCCUUUGAAGAGGGAUUACACCGCAUUGAGGAAGAACGGCACGACUACGACUUCAACAUCGAAGCAAAUAACAAGUGCAUCCAGCUGUUGGAGCCGAUCGCUCAGCAAAUGCUGAACCUUGCACAACAUGAGCGCGAAACUUUCCAGAUGCCAGCAGGACUUGGUGGCUCCAGCACUUCCAUCUACAAACGUGUGCUCAAGAAGAUCUAUGGUGCCGACAGAGGCGCCGAGGUCGUCAACGAUAUGUUCACCGACCCCUUCGCCGUCGUUCCCGUGGUAUUGGCCCGCUUGAAGCAGAAAGACGAGGAGUGGCGCUUCACCCAGCGAGAAUGGGAGAAAGUCUGGCUGGCGCAGACCGAGGUUAUGCACCUCAAGAGUCUCGAUCACAUGGGCAUCCAAGUCAAGCAGGCCGACAAGCGAAAUCUCUCCGCGAAGCACCUUGUUGAUGUCAUUAAGACCAAGCAUGAGGAGCAGCGACGAAUGCGCAGUGUUAGUAAAAAGGUGGCGCGUCAUCAGUUCGCUUACGAGCUUGGUGAUCAGGAAGUCAUCCUUGAUCUGCUGCGCUUCAUGGUCCUCUACGGCAUGAACAAUGGCCAGCACAGUGCUGCGGAGAAGGAACGGAUUGUUGAUUUCUUCGAGUCGUUCAUCCCGCAGUUUUUCGAUCUUCCCGAGGACAAAGUUCAGGAUCGCCUGAAGGAUAUUGAUCGGGAGUCUGGCGAGGAAGACGCAGAGGAUCAACUCCCGGCAGAGCUUACCAACGGCCGAUCGCGACGAAACGGCAAGAAGUCGGAUCUCCUGCGAGGCGUUCUAGAUCCCGGCCGCAAUGGUACCAAGGCUCGCACUCAGAAGGAAGACAGCGCAGCCUCCGGUAGCAAGGAAACCACGCCCGACGUCGGAUCGGGGAACGAGGAAGAAAUGGGUGACGCACCUGAAGACCCUCUCUCCACCGACAUGUCGAAUGAGCGAUGGCUGCCAAUUGUUCCUCGAGCGACAGUGGUCAAGGGCGCCAACCCUCUCCUCGAUGACGACGGGGAGUUGAAGGCCGACGGAUUCUUCCCUCGACCGUGGUACAACUUCUUCUGCAACCAGACAAUCUACGUCUUCUUCAGUCUCUUCCAGAUACUGUACAAGCGCCUGAAAGACGUCCGGGACAGCCAGCAAAGCGUCUUGGAUGAGAUCACUCGCGCUAAGAGCAAGUUGCCCGCCAAGGAAAUGGGCAUUGCUGUCAACAUGCUGAAUUACUUUGACGAGAGUAACCCUGACUCUUUCUGGCCGAGGACCGUGGACCUCAUCGAGGACUACAUCACUGGAGAGAUUGAGGAAAAUCGCUACCAGGAGGUCUUGCGCCACUACUAUCUCAAGAAGGGCUGGACCUUGUACACGAUUCCGGAUCUGCUCAAGACCCUGUGCCGUCUGUCUCUGAUAUGCACAAGCUCAGACUCGAAGGAGAAAACGCCGGACCUGAUCCAACAGUUCUUGACUAGUCGCAGUCAGGAGGAGACCAGUUACCAGACAGAGAUUGCCGCUCGGAAGUUUGCGGAGAAAUGUAUCAAGGAUGGCGACAUGUUUGCCAUCUGCUGGUCCCCGCAGAACCACGAGGCUACGGUUCGCUGGUUACAGAAAGACGAGACGACGUUCUAUAUGGACGAAAUGGAGUUGCGUGAGAGAUGGCAGUACUACAUCUCCUCGUACAUGCGAGUCGAGCCUACCGAAGGUAUCCCCCGCUCUCGUCUCCAGAAGACCGUGCUUGCUCGGAAUCUGCCUUCGAACGAGACGGACUCUGACGAUGGCAUUGCCCCGAAACCUCUCAAGUUUGAUGAGAAUCUGGUGUUGCGCAUCUGCCUGAACUCGGACAAGAUCGUCUGGGAGAAGGACACAUCGGAGUUCUUCAUAUACGCCAGUGACCCCGAAACUCGUGAAGAGAAAGCCAAGAUCGAGGAGCGCAACCAAGCUGUCACCGAACACCGCCAGCAGCGCUUCCGAGAGAAGAUGGUGAUGAAUAACGCGUGGAUGCGGGGACUCAGCCAGGAUGACGUCCAGAAGGUCAACGAGAGCUUUCAGAAGUGGCUGACUGGUGCCGUGACACCUACCUCCAACAUCCGAGAAGGUGACGAUGACAUGGAGAUGAUGCAGUGA